GGAGUGAACGACUUCCUAGCAGCUGUUGUUCAUCUCACAAUAGGGCCGCCUCUCAAGCCCCUCUCUGUGUGACUGUGCCUGUUAGAGUUGAGUUGUAAAACUGAGCUCUGCGUUGCCCGAAUCCAACUUUCAUCGCUUGACAGAAGUUUCCCUUAAGAGAACUUCCAUGGUGCACAAGAUUCCCAGUGCGAAAGCCUCAAAUAAAAAUUUACGGAUUCUACCAAGUUGUUGUUCCUGAGGAGCACAAUUUCAUCUAAACGGUGUUCAUCAAAUCCCCCAUGUCCUUAAGAUGUGACCAGGCGUUUGGCAAUUUGGGAGCAGGGAAAGUGUUACGAUGAUGGUUCAGCUUCCACGGAGACUGCUGCUAUGUUUCAUAGCUUUGGUGGGAAUCGGUUCGUUGGCAUUAUUUGUAGUGUGCAUGGCACUGCAGAUCCAAAUGCCAUGGGAAAAAGCUACCAUGUUCCACACAAAACACAACAGGUGGGUUUUUGAUGAAAAUGACAUCAACCACAACACUUUGGACUAUCGACUAUCAUCUAAAAAUGAACAGGUCAUUACUGAAGAUCUGCAGCAGGAUUUAGACGAUCUGUCUUCAGAAGAUGAACUGAACAAUAUUAAAGAACUGAAGCAGAAUUUGAUCGAUAAACUAUCUUUAGAAAAUGAACUGAACAAUAAUGAAGAACUGAAGCAGGAUUCUGUCAAUAAACUAUCUUCUAAAAAUAAAACGGACAUUGCUGAAGAUCUCGAGGAGAAUUCAGUUGAUCAGUCAGAGCUUCAAGAUCCAUCAAACCCAAAAUACACACAACCUCGCGUUACAAAACCAAACACAAACGCUUACAGGACAGUGCCUUUAAAUGUGACAAAAAUCAUCCCAGUAAAAUCCACUGUAGCAGACUUUUUUGGUGACCAGUAUGCUGUGGAUGAUGUUCCUUCACAAACAAACUGUCCAAACAAUAUCAGAAAGCGUGUACCUCAUACCAACUUCUCUGAGACGUUUCUACAAACAAUUCCAGUCCUGCAGUGGGCAAAGCAUUUUACUCCAGAAGAGUACCAGCGAUUGAGACGUUAUAGUGGAACUCAUGGCUGGGGAAGUGUUUCUGUCGAUGUGUUAAAUAGCUCACUGGGGAUUUUAAACACACCUGCAAAUCGGUUAAUGUUUGACGACUGGGAGCAAAGGAAAAACAGAUCGCCGUGCAUCCGCUGUGCCGUGGUGGGAAACGGAGGAAUACUGAAUGGAUCAAAAAAAGGCAAAGAGAUUGAUGAGCAUGAUUAUGUGUUCAGGGUGAAUGGUGCGAUUUUAAAGGGGUUUGAGGAGGAUGUGGGAACUCGAACAUCUUUUUAUACAUUCUCAACAAACACCAUGCGAAACUCCAUGCAUAAUUAUGCUCGCUUAGGCUACAGGGGACCACCAGUAACCGAGGAGACCAGAUACAUUUUUUUGCCAGAUCACGACCGAGACUACAUUCUUAUGAGAGCGGCCGCCACACAUACGGUCAUUGAAAAUGGUCCUGAGCGCAGCAAAGAACCACCUAAAUACUUUGGUGAAAAUGUGACGGUGAAAAACUUCAAAAUGUACCACCCGGAUUUUGUCCGUUAUCUUAGAAACAGGUUCUUGCAUUCACGCCUUUUGAGAACAGGUGCCAAAAAAUUUUACAGACCAUCCACAGGAGCGGUGAUGCUUCUGGCUGCUCUUCAUACGUGUGAUCAGGUUGAUGCUUACGGGUUCAUGACUCCAAACUGGACUUCAUUCUCGGACCACUACUAUGACAAAAUAAAAGGGCCUGUGCGUUUUUAUGCCAAUCAUGACAUGCGUAUGGAGAUGAGGGUGUGGAAGCAGUUGCAUGAGGCCGGACUGAUAAAUCUCUUCAUGCGUAACUGAGAACGCUCUUCACAGGGUGCUUAUUUAAACUAAAAAGGGUGGCAUUUGGCCACAGGAUAAACCUGUUCUUCUUUUUAAACCUUUAUUUGUGAUUUAUUUGCUUUAAAAGGUGAAGAUCAGACAUUGUUUAGUUGUUUCAUGGGGCACUGCAAACAGAAGCAACAAAGGCCCACUUGUUUUGCUGACCUUCUGAAUAAUGGUUCAGACCAAUAGGCUGACUAAUGCAUCAUAGGGAGAGGAGCUAGCUAAUAACAAGGUUAUAUAUUGGAAUAACUAACCCACUCCAACAUCUGCUUGUCCACAAACGGUCAUUGCAGAUGUAGGUGGGGCAGAAUGGGGUCUGUCUGGUCUACAUAACUGUAAUGCGAUUAUGUGCCUUAUCUCAAUAAAUUAUUGAUGUGAAAAACACAGAAUCAGCCAAAGAGGUUAUUUUAAAAUGAUUUUUAUAAGAUUACCAUUUUUUAUUGUGGUAUAUGAAUGUAAACAUUUGUAGAUAAUUGUCUGUCCAUAAUGUCCUUGUUGUGUCGCAGGGAGAUCUACAUGUGGGGUUUUCUGUUUUAAGGAGGACUUUUAAAGCUUUAAAGUGCAAUAGCUUAUAUUCAGUACACAAGCUGUUUGAAUUGAAAUGUGAAUUGUUUUGAUCUGUUCUGCUUGGUUCACUGUAAAAAAUUGCACCCUAAAUUGUUUAUUAUAAUUAAAUUGGCUUUAUUACUAAGUCAUUUCAACUUCAAUUGUUUUAUUUUGGCUAGUAAAGAAUUAAUAUAACUUGUGUUAAAAUUAUAAAAACUUAUGUUUCAUAAGUUAAAACAACGUAUAAUCAUAUGUAAAUAUAACUUAAAAUCUAUUUCGUUUUUACUUUAAUUCUUGAUGUAGGUUAAGAAAUUUCACAGCAACUGGUCAAAAUUUAAAACAAUAAGUUGUAAUGACUUUAAAAUGCCAGUUUGAUCGUACUUAAAAAUGCAAGGCGACAAAAUAGUUUUUAUACAGUGUGUCAUACUAUCUUGACUGUAACUGACUUCAACACUUUUACAAAAUCAUUUUUAUACCUAAUCAUACUUCUGGUUGCUUUUAACAGGUUUAUGGAUUUAACUUUUUCACUUUUAUAUGAAGGAGUAAAUAAUUUUUGGUAACA